GGAGAACGCGAGAGAAAUGCCGAAAAGAGGAAAUGCAAGCGGAACAGGUUUAAAAGAUCAACAGAAGAAAGGAGAGAAGACCUGCUAUGCUGAGGGGGUGAUGUGUUUCCACUCCAGCUGUAAGUAGGGACACCCCGGAAACCGAAGGAUGAAGCGCUGUGGCUCCCCCUACCAGGGGGACAGGAAUGUCUCAGACAUUGGAGAUUGUGGAGGAGAGGAGCAGAUUGUUCAUUCUCUGCUCCUGGAACAUCUGGAUGAUCUUCUGAGCAACCAGCUAGAGAGAUUUCAUUCCUAUCUGAGUCAUGAACCACCACAGGGAUACAAUCCCAUUUCAAGGAGUUGCCUAGAGGGGUCAAGCAGGACCAAGACUGCAGAACAAAUGUUGGUGCACUAUGGAAGUGAGGGCGCUGUGAAGGUCACGCUGUACAUCCUGGAGAAGAUGAACCUGAAUGAGCAAGCGGUAACACUGCAGAGGGGAUUGGAGAGCACCAGUUACGGGGAAAACCCCAGGGCCCCUGGAGGAACGAUUUCAGGGGUCAUUACAGCCAGUCAGCCACAGCCCCCACCUGCAGUCAGUGAACAUGAUGCAUCUUUGAGAGCAGACCAAGAGAAGCUGAAAGCUAAGCUGAGGAACAGAUAUCAACAUAUCUUUGAAGGAGUGGCCAAGCACGGACGGUCGGCCCUGCUCACCAAGGUCUACACUGAGGUCUUCAUAACCGAGGGUGAAUGCGGACAGGUCAAUACCGAACAUGAGGUUUGGAACAUCGAGUCAACAUCCAAAGAAACUCAUGCACAGGACGUGCAAAUUGAAUGCAACAAAAUAUUCCAGCCCUUGCCCGGACAAGAGGACCACAUUAGAAGAUCUGUUCUGACCAAAGGAAUAGCUGGCAUCGGCAAAACAGUCUCUGUGCAGAAGUUCAUUUUGGACUGGGCGGAAGGCAAGGCAAACCGAGGUAUUGAUUUGAUAUUUCCUCUCCCUUUUCGAGAGCUGAAUCUGAUGAGGGACAGAAAGUUGAGUUUGCUGGGACUCAUUCGGCACUUUCACCCCGAGGUCAAACACUGCACUGCGGUGGACCUCAACAGCAGGAGAGUGUUGUUCAUCUUCGAUGGUCUGGAUGAGUGUCGGCUCCCCUUAAAUUUCCAUAGCAACGAGCCGUGGUACGAUGAAACGGAGGAAUUAUCAGUGGACAUGCUGCUGACCAACCUCAUUCAGGGAAAUCUGCUUCCCUCUGCUCUCCUCUGGAUCACAUCCCGACCAGCAGCAGCCAGUCAGAUCCCUCCUGAGUGCAUCCAAAGGCUAACUGAGGUUCGAGGCUUCAACGACCCACAGAAAGAUGAGUACUUCACGAAGAGAUUUAAUGAUCAGAACCUGGCCAACAAAAUUAUCUCACACAUAAAGUCAUCACGGACCCUCCACAUCAUGUGUCAUAUUCCAGUCUUCUGCUUGAUUUCAGCAACUGUUCUCGAGAGUCUACUGGACAAAUCUGAGGGUGGGCAAAUCCCUAAGACUCUCACUCAAAUGUACACGCAAUUCCUGCGCAUUCAAAUUAUGAUAAAGAACCAGAAGUACCAUAGAGGUAUGGAAACAAACACAAAGGAAAUGCAAGAGACCGAUAAAGAAAUAACUGUCAACCUGGGAAAGCUGGCCUUUCAACAUUUGGAAAAGAACAAUCUGAUAUUUUAUGAGCAAGACCUGAAAGAGUCUGGCAUUGAUGCCAGCAAAUCUCCAGAGUACUCUGGGUUGUACACAGAAAUCUUCAAAGAGGAAUCAGUGCUGUAUGAGGAGAAAACAUACAGCUUUGUGCAUCUUAGCAUUCAAGAGUACCUUGCCGCCUUGUCUGUACACUUCCUGUAUGUAAACGGUAAAGAAAACCCAUUAAAUCUGGACAUGUCAAAGCAUACCAGUCCAGAUGGUGGGAUAAAAUUAUCUGCAGUACACAGGAGUGCUGUGGACAAGGCCUUACAGAGUCCAAAUGGACACCUGGACCUUUUUGUCCGCUUCCUCCUGGGAAUCUCGCUGGACAGUAAAGCUCUUUCAGGACUGCUGCCACACACCGAAUGCAGCUCGCAGAUGGUCGCAGAAACGGUCAAAUACAUCAAGGAGAAGGUCAGCAAGUGCCUAUCUCCAGAGAGGACCAUCAAUCUCUUCCACUGCCUGAAUGAACUCAAUGACGAUUCUCUAGUACAGGAAAUCCAGAGUUUCCUGAAGUCGAGUGGUCACGCCAAUCAAAAGCUGUACCCAGAUCAGUGCUCAGCGCUGGCUUAUGCGCUGGUGAUGUCAGAGAAGCAGGUGGACGUGCUUGAUUUUAGGAUGUACAACUCGACACAGGCCGGAUAUCGCAGACUGCUGCCCGUUCUCAAGCACACCAGGACAGCUUUGUUGCAGGUCUGUGACCUCACCCCAGCCCUGUGUGCCCUGGUGAAUGUGGUCUUGCAGUCCUCCACCUCCCUUCUGAGGGAGCUGGACCUUGGAUACAACAGCAAACUGGGGGACAAAGGCUGCAAGCUGCUUUGCGAUGGACUGCGGACUCCCCACUGCAGACUACAAACUCUGGGGUUAGGAGACUGUAACCUCACAAAGGGCUGCUGUGAUGAUCUGGCCUCAGUCCUGCGCUCACGCCACUCACAGCUGAGAGAGCUGGAUCUGAGAGGCAAUGACCUACUGGACUCUGGAGUGACAGCGCUCUCUGCUGGACUGGAGGAUCCCCUCUGUAAACUGCAGAAACUGGGGCUGUCAGGCUGUGGAGUCACAGAGACAGGCUGUCGUUCCCUGGCUUCAGCUCUUCACUCAAACCCCUCACAUCUGAUAGAGCUGGAUCUGAGCUACAACAACCCCGGAGACUUAGGAGUGAAAGUGCUGUCUACUAGACAGCAGGACCCCAACUGUGCCCUGGAGAAGCUGAUUGUGGACCAUGGUGGAGUGUGCAGGAUGAAUCCAGGGCUGCACAAAUAUGACUGCCACCUCACCGUGGACCCCAGCACUGCUGCUCCGAAUGUGGUCCUAUCCGAGGGGAACAGGAGGGCACAUCGCAAACAGAAGUUUGGCAAUGACGAGUACACUCCUCCAGUGCUGUGCAAGGAGGCGCUGACUGACCGUCACUACUGGGAGGUAGAGUGGGGACCAGGAAGCUUGGAGGUGGGCGUGGCCUACCAGAUACCCACAAGCACCGCCGGCGCACUUGGAGAAGAUGACCAAUCCUGGGCCAUUAGGUGCAACCCACAGGGUAUCAUGGCCGUUCAUAAUAACAAGCUUACACACAUAGUGGCCGUACACGCCCAGGCCAAAUACAGGGUGGGAGUGUAUCUGGACUGGCAAAAUGGUACCCUGGCCUUCUAUAAGAUCUCCUCCAAAGGGCCCGUCCACCUGCACACCUUCCAUGUCACUUUCACUCUGCCCCUCUACCCAGCUUUUGCUCUCACUAUGGAUGCCCCUAUGACACUGUGCUAGAUAUUCGCUCACUCAUAUUUUUAGAAUAUAAAGAUGUUAAUACAGCUUGUCGACUGAAGUGUUUGAUUAUGCAUGCAAAUGAGCAAUACAUGAAUCAAAUAAAGAUGACAUGCAAACAAAA